ACUUUAAUCCAAUUCGAGCUCUCUUCUUCUUCGUCUCCAACACACAGACAACCUCCAGCCCCCUCUGCUUCCCGUCUCUCCCUCCCACAUUAGGGCUUCACUCCUCCGCCUGAUUCUUCAUCCAAACCCUAAUUCCCAAUUCGAAAUCACAAACCCUAAUAUCCCCAAUUCGAAAUUUACAAAAACCCUAAUUUCCCAAUUCGAAAUUACGCAAACCCUAAGCAGGUGAGAAGAGCGGUAUGAGCAGCAGGAGUAGAGAUGAGUAGGCUCUCAUUCAGGCCUCGGCCCCUCGACAUCCACAAGAGGCUCCCCGUCGUCAAGUCUUUCAAGGACUUCGAAGACGAUGAAGCCGCCCCCACCUCCACCCGCAAUUCUCAGCUCCUCCGCCUCUCCGCCGUCGACUCCUCCUCGGCCUCCGCCACCGAAAUCGAGGUCCACCCUCCCCCCGCCAAGAAGCUAGCCCCUGAAAUCCCGACUCCUCAGUUUGUUGUUGUUGAUACUUAUGAGAGAGACUACUCUCGCACUUUUGCCCAACCCAAUUCCUAUCUCCGCGCCAGAGGAGCCCGGGCCGAGCUCGGAGAGUUUGUGGAGUAUGAUUUAGAUAAUGAGGAUGAGGAUUGGCUUGAAGAGUUCAAUGGUGAGGAGGAAAUUCUUCCUGCCGAAAAGCUUGAGAGUCUUAUUUUCAAGCUGGAGGUUUUGGAUCAUAAGGCUCGGGAGAGAGCAGGAGUUAUAACCCCUACUCUUGCUUCACCUAUCCCUGUACUUCUACAACUUGAUGUUGCUACUGAGGCUCUACAUGGUCAGCCCCUCAGAUAUGCUGUCAUCCGGUCUGUUUAUGAGUAUUGGAGAGAUAAGCGUGAAAGAUGGCAGAAGCCUAUCUUGCGACGUUUGCAGCCUCCUCCACCGGUUAAUGAUACCAACCCAUACAAUGUCUUCAGGCCAAGGGAGAAAACCCACAGACUGCACACGAGAAGGAUGCAAAGAAGGGAAAACAAUGUGCAAUCAUUUGAAAAGCUUCGCCAGGUUAGGCGCAACCUGGACCAAGCCAAGACCAUUGUGGAGGCUUUAAUCAAGAGAGAAGAAAAAAAGAGAGCAGUCAUGGAGGCCGAAGUGGAGCUUCAAGUAAAUCAAAUGAAGUACAAGCAUGAGACACUGCUCCUGGAAGAUAGUUUAGUCCUUCCUGGUUUUCCACCCAUGUCUUCCAAGUUUGUUUCAAGUGAGGAGGAAAAUGUUGAUUCAGAUGACUUUGAAAACAGUCGGCCUCGUACACGACCUUCUGCACUGCCUAAUCCGCCUUUACCAGACCCCAACUUGAUCACAGGAACCAUGAAGCAAGAUUUCAGGCGUCGGCAUGCACCUCAAGGGUGGCUUCAUAAAAUGGAUCCCCUCGAGCCAGUUUUGUUAUUUACAAAACCCUUAGUUCCAGAGAAGUUGGCAGCUGCAGGCAUUGUACCACCAUCAGAUUCUUCAACGAAAAAUGGAGUAACCACAGCACCUUUUAAGUUCCGCGGAAGAAUUGGCCGAGGGGGCCGAUUAAUAUUUGAUAGAUGGAACCCAUUGAUGCACACUCCAAUCGACUUUGGGAAUUCAUAUUAUAUACCUCCUAAACCUCGACCAACAACAUAUAAUUGAACGUACCCCUGCUGGUAUGACCACCAGUGUUGUGAGUUAUGACAGAAUUGGGAAAAGGUCCAGUUAACCACAGGCAGACCUGGGAUUAGUGUGGUUGAACUAACCUUUGCUUGCGCCCGGAUAUCGGUAUCUAUGGAGGGUGGCUGUCUUGAAACUUUGACUGGAGAUUGAUUAUUGAGGGGUAUUUGUGGAUGGCAGGAGGGUGGGCGUAAUGCCAUAUUGUAUUCCCCUAGUGUUAAUGUCUGUUAAAAUUGUUUUCAUCUGCCCAGCCCGUGUCCAUGUAAAGCUCAUUAUCAAUUCAUUUGGCAUAAACCUAACGAUCGUAAAUUCUCUAUUAAUACAGCCAUUUGGUGCAACCAAGAUGGUUGCUCUGUUUCUCUA